CUAAUCAUGUUUUGUAGAAAGAAUACUCAGUACUUUUGUCCAUGAUAACUGUAUAACGUUAUGAAGCUUGUUUUAGGAAAACUAAUAUAGUUAAUAUAGCGUAUAUAAUCCAUUUUUUAAAUCUGAAUAUUGAAAAAGUUAAUGAUGAAGUCCGCUGCUUUUCUUUUGGUACUUGUGAUUGUGUGUACUGGUUGUAAUUGUGAAAUAUCAUCAUCCGCGUCAGGAAAUGUGUCUGUAUCAGCAUCAGCAUCAGCAUCAGCAUCAGCAUCAGUUGACAUAUCGGCCGUAUUAAAGGCAUUUCUUGGUUUUCAAUCAUCUAUUGUGGAUUCUUUUAAAGGAGUAGUUAGUAUAUGUUUUGAUUUUUGGAAGUCCUGGUUCCAAAAUGUUGAUUUUUGUAUUGGAAGUUUACUGAAUAUUGACUUAUUUAAACCUGUGUUUUCAAUACUAGCAGAUUUUAGGGAACUAAUCGGAAGUAUAUCCAUUACCAUAACAGAGAUCGCGAAUUUCUUUUUAAAUGCUUUUGACGAACUGAAACAUGCUAUCACACAAGUAAUAAUUCCUUCAUAUCCAAUGACAGAACUUAAAAAUAUAGGAGACUUGUACUUUGUUAUUGUAGAAAUAUUUAAGGCGUUCAUAACUACUUCAAUUUCUAUAUGGGAAACAUUUUGGGAAAAACUUCCACCUCCACCUAAUGUUCCAGAAAUAAUUGUGAACUACUACAAAGCCCUAUUCCAAAUUUUCUUCAAAGCAUCUAGCGACAACUUUAUAAACUUUUUAUCGACUGUAACCGACGCUUAUUCUUUAGUAAUACAUUUUAUAAGCAGGAUUGAUGAUAUUCUGGUACAACUAUUAAGUAAACUUCCGUUUCCGAUCUUGUCAAAUAUAAGGAACGCAAUUCAGUUCGUUUUUGGGAUCUUAGAGCAAAUUAAAUACUGGUACAUAAAUAUUGUUGACAAGAUUUUUUGGAAACUUCCUGUACCAGCUGCAUUAGCAGACCUAGCUGAAUAUUAUCUCAAAGUGAUGUUGGACUUUAGAAGUCUUCUGGUAUCAGUUGUCGAUUUCAUCGACGGAUUAUUUGAUACUUAUUUUGCUUCUUUGAAAUCAUUAUUCCUAAGUUUGAAAUAUGCGAUUAAGAGUUUGCUGGAGUAUGGUUUUCUGUCAAAUCCUAUAUAUACAAUAAUAAUAGAUUUCAUUGAAGAUGUCUCAACUAGUAUAUAUCAGAUCGACGUAACGUUUUCAGAUGUAUUUGAACAUUGGGAAUACAUUAUCUUACACUUGACAAUUCCUUCAUUCGAACUAACACCCAUUCGAACUAUAGGAGACUUAUGGUACGGAAUUGUACAAACAUUUAUCAGGAUAAGCGCUGCCCUUACUAAUAUAAGUGUAGAGUUUUGGGAGUCAUUUCCAACAGCACCGAAGAUUAUAGAAAUAUUUAUUAACUACUACCAGAGCAUAUUCGCAAUUUUCAAUAAGACAUCUCUGAAAAUAGUUAUAAACUUUCUUACAAGCGUAGACGAUGGUAGAUAUUUAGUAUCAAGAUUUAUAAGCCAGAUUGCAGGAUUCCUUGAAAAUCUUCCAAUACCAAAGCUGCCGUUUUUGCCCUAUUAUAGUUUAGAUGAUGUAUUUAACUGGAUUAUUGAACUUGUUGAACUUGCUGAAAAAAACUUCUGGUCGUUGCCCAUUCCUGAUAUAUUUUUGAAAAUUGCUACCAAAUGCAUAGAAUUUAUUGGGAAUGUACACGCUUCAUUCCAGUUCCUAGCUGAAUUUUCUUUUGAGGGAUUUUUGAAUAUUAAAAACAGCAUUUUAGAUGCACUGCCAGGUCUUUUGGGUGGAGAUGCUUUCUAUUUAUCAAACGAUAUCGGUAAACUGAUCUCGUCUAUAACAUCUAAAUUGUUUCCAAACUUGGGUAUACCGGUAAUUAGCAUAGGUACAACAGACAGUUAUCCGGCAACCACUGCUACUGUGCCACCAACAAGCUGGGUACCCUGGACUAAACCAACACCUGUCACUUAUCCCACGCGAAGUAUUUGGCCUAUUUUCCCUAAUUUUACAAUGCCAACCUUCCCUAAGCCAUGGUAUCAGUAAAAGAAAAUUAAAUACAGUAAUAUAAAAUAAUAUAAGGGUAAAUAAAUUAUUACAAUUAA